CGGUGUAGUCCAGAAGCAGAAAGAAGCACAAGAAGCUGCCUCCCAUGGAGCCGGGAUGGUGGGCAUUUCCAAGGGCAAGUCCGUCCUGCUUCCACAUGGGCCAACAGAGGUCAAGGGUGUCAGGCUCAGCCUCCACCCACUGCCUCUCCAUUCCAGCUCCAACCGUCCCAGGAGGGCCAGGGUGCUCUGGGGGAGUUUGGACUUGUUAAUAAGGCCAGGACUAGCCGGUGUCAGCCUUGGUAACACAUUAAAAUCAUCUGGGAAGCUUUUAAAAUGACCAAUAUCCAGGCCCCAUCCCCAGAGCACCCAAAUCUGAAUCUCGGAGGUGAGGCCUGGGCCCUGGUAUUUUUAAAGCUCCUCAGCUGUGAUUCUAAAUCACUGUCCUGGAGCUUCUGGGCCAGUUCAUUUCCACAGAAAGCUAGAGAAAAGAACAGAAGAUAUUCAGUAGCUUUAAAGAAGACAUAGCACAUCCUAUCAAACCUGUCAAGGUCAACCCUGAGUGCAAGUUCUAUCUGGCUCGCCAUGCGUGGUGAACCUGUCCUUCCCUCUCAGCAGCCCGGUCCCAAAGCACAGCCCUGACAUCACCAAAUCCCCGCUGACAAAGUCGGAGCAGCUUCUGCGGAUAGACGACCACGAUUUCAGCAUGAGGCCUGGCUUCGGAGGCCCGGCCAUUCCUGUUGGCGUGGACGUGCAGGUAGAGAGCUUGGACAGCAUCUCAGAGGUGGACAUGGACUUCACCAUGACCCUGUACCUUCGGCACUACUGGAAAGACGAGAGGCUGGCCUUCCCCAGCGCCAGCAACCUCAGCAUGACGUUUGACGGGCGGCUGGUGAAGAAGAUCUGGGUCCCCGACAUGUUUUUUGUGCACUCCAAGCGCUCCUUUAUCCAUGACACAACCACGGACAACGUGAUGCUGCGGGUGCAGCCCGACGGGCAAGUGCUCUACAGCCUCAGGGUUACAGUGACUGCGAUGUGCAACAUGGACUUCAGCCGGUUUCCCCUGGACACCCAAACGUGCUCGCUUGAAAUUGAAAGCUAUGCCUACACAGAGGAUGACCUCAUGCUGUACUGGAAAAAAGGCAACGACUCCUUAAAGACAGACGAGCGCAUCUCGCUCUCCCAGUUCCUCAUUCAGGAAUUCCACACCACCACCAGGCUGGCCUUCUACAGCAGCACAGGUUGGUACAACCGUCUGUACAUCAACUUCACCUUGCGACGCCACAUCUUCUUCUUCUUGCUCCAGACCUACUUCCCUGCCACCCUGAUGGUCAUGCUGUCCUGGGUGUCCUUCUGGAUUGACCGCAGAGCUGUGCCUGCCAGAGUCCCCUUAGGCAUCACCACGGUGCUGACCAUGUCCACCAUCAUCACGGGUGUGAACGCCUCCAUGCCCCGCGUUUCCUACAUCAAGGCCGUGGACAUCUACCUCUGGGUCAGCUUCGUGUUCGUGUUCCUGUCGGUGCUGGAGUACGCGGCCGUCAACUACCUGACCACCGUGCAGGAGCGGAAGGAGCGUGAGCUGCGGGAGAAGCUUGCCUGCCCCUGCGGGUCAUCUCAGUCGCGGGCCGCCAUGCUGGACGGGAGCUACAGUGACGGCGAGGUGAACGGUCUGGGCAGCGGCGAGCUGGGGAGCGGAGAGAAGCCGGACAGGACGAUGGUGCAGCUGGCCCUGGCCUCGGAGAGGAGCUCCCCACAGAGGAAAAGUCAGAGGAGCAGCUACGUGAGCAUGAGGAUCGACACCCAUGCCAUUGAUAAAUACUCCAGGAUAAUUUUCCCAGCGGCAUUCAUUUUAUUCAAUUUAAUAUACUGGUCUAUUUUCUCAUAAAUGCCUGUAAUUCUAUAAAUUUCACAUUCUUCUGGAUGUACUACAGAAAUAUCUGUAUGAUGAAAAGUAAUUUAAACUUAUGAUGAAAACCAAGUUCCCAGGACCCACCCUUCUCCAGUUUUCCAAAAUUACAUUGACACUUACUGGUUCAAUAAGCACUUAUUAACCACCUUUUGUAUAUAUAGCGUUUACCUGGUGCUGCAGGAAUAUACACCCUGUAGCAACUGAGGGUAGUUGUUAACAGAGUGCUCUGGAAGGGCAGUGCUGCCUGUGUUGGGGGCCCCCUGUAGUUCAGUUCAACUUCUUUUAGACCCUAGAUGCUUCUUCACAUGAACGACAGCCUCUACGUGAGUGUCACUGUAUUCCCUGGACUAGGUGGAAUCAGGAAGCACCUAAAGUUCAUUUGCAUGGAACAUACAUGUACCUAAGUCCCCACGUUGACCAAAAUUCAUGCUUCCGUUUAUAGUCUAUUACCCAUUUUAUCUCUAUCUCAUGGUUAUUUUAAUACAAGGAAAUAACAGUAUUCCCACUUUUAUUUACAUCUUAUAGCCCAUGAAGUUUCACCUAUUCACAAGAAUAGCUCUUUAGAUUGGUGCAGGCUCCCACUUUUGGUGGGAAUUUCCCUGGUAGGGAAACUGAAGAAGAGGGCACAUACACUCAUUUUGACCAUUUUGUCAUAGAGAUAAGUAGCCUAGAAACUUGUGUCUCUGUUUCAUAAUCACUCCCUCAUGUGUCUCCACCUUGGGGCAUGUCCCAGUUCAAAGUGAAAUCCUUUCUCAGUAAUGCUCUAUCCUCACUGAGGACCUUGAGGAGCUGACUUUUUCUGCAUCAACAUUUCAAGAAAAUGCAUAGUUUGGGACUACCUAUAACUCACUAGGAUGAGAAAUACUCACAUGGUUUCUGAAAAAAAAAAAAAAAAAAACAAGAGGAUGGGAAGCCAUCACUGGACAUCUCCAUUUACACUCAGUGAAUACCAGCAUUUUCUUUGAACCAGAAAAUGGUGGCCACUGAUGUCAGAGCAUGGGGUUAGAGGAAAGGAGAGGGUUUGCAUUUGUUUUAUCAUUUAAAAACAAUUAUUCAUCAUAUAUCUAUAGGAUCAACCCACACCAAAUUUAUCCAGACAGCAAUUGUUUGAAACUCACUUUAAUAAAGUGAAUUCUAUAAACAAUGUCAUUUUCAUUCCAAAGUUAAUUUGGCUGAUCAUUCAUACUAAAUAUUAUGAAAUUUCUUCGUGUGAGGGCUAUUCUUUAAUCUGAAAAAAAAAACAAAAACCCUAAUUACAAGGCAGCCUCACAUUUCUCCUAAUAAAAGCUCAUCAAAAGUUGAUAAAAAGGGAUAUAGAUGGAAUAGUUAAAUGAUUUUAAUAUAAAAAUAUAUAUAUUUAAAACAUUUUUUCAAGUUUACUUUGUGAAACAAUUUCAAACUCUUCACAAACAGCUUUGUCACGUGCUCCUUCCUCAUGACAGGGCUACUGUGAGUCACCCAGCAGGUUUCCAGGGCACAGCACCUGAACUUCCCCUACUUUGUUUGGGAAACUGCCAUUUGAGCCAGCACACAGGGUGCUGUGUUAGUCGGCCUGGGCCACCACAGCAAAGUCUCAGACCCGGUGGCUUAAACAGCAGCAAUGCAUUUCCUCUCCGCUCUGGAGGCUGGAGUCCAAGGUGGCAGGUUUGCUCUCUCUUGGGGCCACUCUCCUCGGCCUGCAGAUGGCCACCUUCCUGCUGGGGCUUCUCCUGGCCUUUUCUCGGAGUGCAUGCACCCCUGGUGUUUCUUCCUUUUCGUAUUGGGACACUGGUCAUACUGGAUUAGAGGCCCUUUAAAAGCUUGUUUACAUCGAUGUCCCCACUAGCAAUUGUAGAGAACAGGUAAUUAAAUUCAUGUUAAACUUUGCUGCCUUUUCCGGUGAUUCUGAUUCUCUCAGGUGACCUCUACAAGCAUCUCAAACUAGCAUCGAUUGAGCUCAUUUCCAGGCUAAUGCUUUCUCAAGGCAGUACUUUGCUGUCAAAGCUAUGUAACUGAGAGAGAACUCUGUAGUAUGACUUUGUGAAGACCCAAAUGUAAAACAACUCCCUCUUUUCUGAUGGAUAAUUUUGGAGAUAAACCUCACCUUAUCUGUGGGCUCCAUCGUACUUAAUAAACUUUUGCUGGAGUGAUUGGACAGUUGGAAGAUUUGGUCAAUAAUAUUGUCUGGUUAAGAGGCAGGUAGCAUAAGGCCAUAUUGAAUAACUUUUAGGGAGUUAAAAUACUGUAAAGUACACUUGACCUGAAGCUAUAUCUAAUGUAAUUUAUUCUUUGCUUGGUAGUCCAGAGGGCACUUCAGGGUUUUGAGGGUUUUGUAUCAUUGGGGCGAAUACAAUGUGGACUUUGUAAAGUUGUGCAGAGUGUUAGCCAGGAGGGAAUUGGGGUUAGUCAGACCAGCCCUACUUAAUGGCAAUAUUCUCUUCCUGUGUUGUAUAUUCCUAACCAAUAUUCUUUAGUAUUUUCUUAAUUCCUAUUUUAUAGAGAAGAGUAGUGAUCCUAGACUUUAGGGAGAAUAAAAAAUGGCGUGUUAGUAACAAUGAAAUCUCACAUCUGUAAAACCCAGUUUUACAAAAAAAUAUUUCCACAUUUACUGUUUCAUUUAAACCUGAGUGAGGAAACUUCAAAGGCAGUGAAAGGCCGACUGAAUGGCAUGCAGACAACAUGGGUAAUAAAUGAAAGGCUCCUAACUCAAUUCUCAUGCACCUCAUUACAGAUGAUGGAUGAACACUGAACAAGUAAACAAACUAUCACAUACAAUUCACAAACACUAGUGUGAAGAAAUAUUUUUUUAACCAGUCCAUGGCACCUUUUUAUUUAUUCAUUCAAUCAACAAUAGUGAGCACAUAUCAUGUAGCAUGCAGUGUUCAAGACCAGUGCUUCUCAAACAAUCUGUGGGGUUGGGCCAGUUUAUUUUUUUCUAAAUUUCCAAUCUGUAGACGUUUUUAAUGGUGAGUUUCUUAAAAGUGGAGAGUCCCUCACAAAACCUAGGCCUAUGCCUGCAUUCCAUCCUCUAAGAACAUGGACUUGUGAGUUUGACCGUGGAGCCCAAUACCAUGUGUGCAUGUAAAGCACAAUGUUACAAUAGAGCAUGAGCAGAAAGGUCAAUUUCAUUUUGAUGUUAUCAAGAACAAUCAUGUUCCAACAACUGAAUUUCAAAGAUUGCUGUGAGGGAAAUUUUAAUACCUGUGGUAAUAAGAAAGUACAUUAUCCAACACACACAUCAAUGUUAGUAAUACCAUUUAGCUCACUUCAGUAUGAUCGUAACUCAAAAUAAAUGGAUGCUUUAACUUCUCAAUUCCAUAUUCAGAAUUUUAAUCUAUUUUCUUUCCAACAUUUUUAGUCUUUGUACCUUUGUGUGAAAGGAGACAUCUUUGUUUUUCUUGAGACCAGAGUAUUUUCCAAAUGCUUUCUGGUUUACUUCAAAAACAAUUUACGUAUUGGUGAAGUUUAGUGGGUCUCCACAAGUAGCUCUUAAAGCUCUGGAUCGUCACAAUCAGUCUUGAUUGUGACAAAACACAUGCAUUUGUAGGGCACCUGACUGGGACACAGGCCUAGACCAUGAGAACUGAAUGAACGUAACUGGGUCUCCUUGAGAAUUGAACCCAGGCUUUCCUAAGUGAGGUUAACUUACAGGAAUGCCCAACCACCCAACUGUACAUUUUAUCUGUAAGUUGGAAGCUUAUUGCUCAUGAUUCAAUACUCUGUUCAGUACAGCAUCAUUUGUAUUAAGGACUCUAAGUUUCAAGUACAGAAACCUUUCAUUUUGUGAUAAUUCACCACAGAACUCAUAGUAAUGGACACAGACUAAGUAUAAAAAGAGAGUAAGAUGAAUUAAAUUCUUGAUGAAAAUUUAGUAUUUGAUGAAAAGUUAGUAAGGGGAAAAAAAACCAAACAACACUUAGAUUUUCAGGCCAAAUGAGAGUUAAACACAACCCUAAUGACUGUGAGAUAAAAUUCAGUCUCUCUUGGGUCUGUGCAAUGUCUGACAGUUUGACUAGUCUGAUGAAUUGAAUAGUUGCUUUGGAAUUUUGUAGACUGAACCCACCUAUACCUAUCUAAACUCUGUGAUUCUCCCAUAUAUAAAAGCCCUUUAAACCUUUUACAGAUCUAAUUUAUUCUGAAAACUGAAAAUAAGACAAGGAAACACAAUGCUAUAAAGAGAGGCAAAAAAUAAAUCCUCUCAAAUUCCCAUUUCUUUGUCUUAAGAAUUGACCUUUCUAAGAGUAGUAUUAACACCAUUCAAGCAAGAAAACAGGUUCUGACAAGAAAUGCAAAUAUAAUUUUGAGUUUCUUUGUUGUAAUGUAGAACCUAGAUGGAUGUAAUUCCAAAACGUUGUCCAUAAAAAUGAUGGAUCCCAAGGGAACAGGAAUUUUUGCAAGCCGAGAGGUCAAUGAAAUUAUUUGAUGAGGAUUAAAUGAAGAGGCUCAGACAUUGCUUUAGGAGAUUUUAAAGGGCUGCAAUAACAAAAUUUCCUCUA